AUGCCAUUUGGUUAUCAUUUUUUGGAUUUUUUGAAACCAUACGAUCCGUAUCAUGGUGGCUUAAUCAUAUUUUUUCGAUCAAAUUUCAAAUACAAGAAAAUUGACCUUCCAUGUUUUUCCACUUUCGAGGUUUUGGCUAUCAAAUUUUUCAUUAAUGGUAUAGAUUGGGUGUUAGUAUCUCUAUAUAGACCAAGUUCACAGCAGGUAAAGACGAUAUUUUUCCAGGAAUUGGUUUUCAUGAUGGAGCAUGUUUCAAUUUUGACUACGCGUAUUUUGUUAGCUGGUGAUUUUAAUAUACACGUUGAAAGAACUGAUGAUGCUCACACCAUUAGUUUGCUAGAGGUAUUUGAUAUGUUUCAAAUGGUAAAUAAUGUUAAUGGGUCGACGCAUGAUUUGGGGGGAAGUCUUGAUUUAAUUGUAAGCUCACUAGGAUUUCCAGUUCAGGUUUGCAAGAUUUUUCCAAGCGGUGUAUUAUCGGACCAUGGUUUGAUUCAUGCGACUAUACCAGUGACGAAAGCUGAUCCGACCGGAGAGGAGCAAUUUUGUCAGCAAUCUUCAUUUCGUUAUUUAAAACAUCAGAUUCACGAUUCACAUCUCGACUUUGACAAGGCUCAUGCAGUGGUGAAUUCAUAA